AUGAUCCCGGCUGACCCACCAAGCCGCGCAGGCAAGAAUCUCGACGCGAUUGAAGAGGAAGCAGAUCAUCCCACACCGAGAGAAUCGCUCAAAAACAUGCAUCACAAUGUAACCACAAACCAAUUGCCUCUGCUCCAACAACUGAACCCAUACGAGGGGGCAGAGGAGUUCAAUCCAGUGAACGAGGAUGGCGCAUCAUACGAUCUAAUUGCACCGUUCGAGGAAGGUCAUGAAGCACCUCUACACAAGCUCGAGCGUUUAUCCGACUUGAUGUUUGGACGAGAGCACAUGCUCGCCAUCCUCAACAACCCUCGGUACCUAGCUCAAUUUCGAGAAUUCUUGCUCGAAGAACGACCGCGCUCAGUAGCAACGCUCACCUACUACCUCAACGCUGUCAAGGCUCUCAAGGCGCUCGAAUUCGCCAAUGCGCUUGUACGUUUAUCGGUCAACGUGCCUCCUCCAGCUGUCCAAGCAGUACAAAGGGAAAAUGCAGCGGUUGGAAACACAACGAACAAAAUCCUGGAGCAAAGAGCUGAAGAUGGACUCAACGCAUUGACAGCCGAAGAGCUUCCGGCCUUCAUAACGUCGCGCUGCAUCACCAUCACAAGCAAGAUCGUGCAAGAGCGCGUUCGUGGAACACUACCAAUGAAGUUUCGCGAAACCUCCAAUGCGCUGGCAGAAGUGUUCUGUUUAACCGAUCCGUCGCGGCCGGAUAAUCCAAUUAUUUUUGCAUCUGAAGAAUUCCACCGCACAACCCAAUACGGCAUGGACUACGUCCUUGGUCGUAAUUGUCGGUUUCUUCAAGGACCCAAGACGAGCUCGAACAGCGUUCGCCGUAUCAGACAAGCCAUCCAUGAAUGCCGGCAUCACUCAGAGAUUUUCCUAAACUAUCGUCGUGACGGAUCACCAUUCAUGAACCUCCUUCAGUGUUCACCUCUAUGCGACAGUCAAGGAAAGGUCAAAUAUUUCAUUGGUGCUCAGAUCGACGUAUCAGGCCUGGCUCUUGAUGGAGCACAGAUGGAAUCCCUUAUCGAAUUGCAGUCGCGAUAUCAUGAUCCGGGAGUUGAGAGUGUGGCGCAAUUACGGCAGUCGAAACAAAAAGACGAAUUCGAAGAGCUCUGUGAGCGUUUCAGUCCUCGUGAACUGGAAACGGUGCAAGAUCAUGGCGGUGAUCUCUUCCAGCCUAUCAGCAAUAGGGCAACAAACUUCUCUCGCAGAGCAUGGCUACAGCGCGAAACUUCUGUAGACAGCGAAGCAGAAGCUAUCCGGCUGCAAGAUAUGAAAAUGCCCUUAGGGCGAGGGCGACUUCUCGGCGUCUAUGAAAAUGUUUGUUUCUUCGAAUAUCUUCUCACCCUUGGCUUUUCCGUAUAUGCUGAUACGUUCCAGUACCUUCUUGUCCGCCCCUACCCAUCACUCCGUGUUCUAUUUACAUCGCCCUCUCUUCAGAUCCCCGGGAUGCUGCAGUCCUCAUUCCUCUCUAGGAUAGGUAGCUCAUCUGCGGUCAAGGAUGAGCUCUUACAGGCCAUGAUGCACGGUCGUAGUGUCACUGCGCGAGUGAGAUGGGUUACCCGCUUCAAUAGCGAGGGUCGCAACCGCUGGGUCCAUUGCACGCCAUUGAAUGCUAACAAUGGGCAGGUAGGAGUAUGGAUGAUUGUGAUUGUGGACGAUGAUGAGGGGCAAAUCGUCGGCUGGAGAAAUUAG